UCUGACAGCAGGAUUUGGCAAUUCUUGUUCCAAAUCCUGCCAUUUAAGUUUUUGCACCGUGCACCAAAUACCUGAAAAAAGGUCAAGAAAUAAAACAACCAAAUUAUAUAUGAUAAAAAUAAUGUAUUAGCCACAUAUUGGCCAAUAAUUUGAAAGAGAAGUGAACUUCAUGAGAGAGACUUGAGAUAGAGAUAUUUACUAGAGAGAGAAAUAGAGUUAACCUAACUUUUAUACUAUUUUUAUGUGAUUUAUAUAUUUUUGAAUUAUAAAUUCGGUAAUGCUGCAAGUAAGACGACUUCUUCCACUUUGUGCUAGUAAUUUUAAAUGCAUCACUUCAGUUCGAAAUGUCAUUAAUAAGAACCGCUUUUCAACAAGAAACAAAACUGAGCAAAAUACAGAUGAUUCACCAGUUCGGUAUUCAUCCACUCCAGCCUUUAAAUAUAAAGCUAAAGUAUCAAGAACUGGUGUAGAACAUGAAAGGCUAUGGUACGAACCUUAUGUAUGUCUAGUUAGUAUAGCAGCUUUCCUUAUAUAUUUCUGUAUUCUUCGAGAGGAAAAUGACAUAGAUAAAGAAUUUAGUAAAUCUUUAUAUAGUAGAAUUGAGGGCCUGGAAGAGGCUCAAUUAAAAUUAACUCUUAAAUAUAAUGAGGAACAUGGUCUUGAAACUAUAGAUAUUCGGAAACGUUUAGAAGAAAUUGAAAAAGAAAAGCAGAUGAAGCAGCUCAGCUAGUAGAAUAUAAUUUUAAGAAUCUGUAAUUAUUUGUUAGUCAAUAAAAUUAUUAUAAUCUA